CCUUGUCCGCGGCAACACUAGUCCUCACCCUACCCCUUUAACAGGAUUUUCUAAUGAAUUAUGUAUAUAUAGUAAACUGGGAUUAUUUUUUUUUCUAAUCUGGUCCUAUUCCAAAACAGGAGUUGCAGCUGGUAGUAUUCGUGGAAACUGGAACGGUAGACAGUGGCGACACAAUCAAUGGACAGCGUCAUUGCAUAGAACUGUGCAACUAAACCAGAUGCCCUGUGGACCAGUGGCGUGAUACGAAGCGUGCUCAUUUGACUUGACUGGCUACAUCCUCGCCUGUGCAUCUCAUCCCAGCUCGUACGAAGACGCGAUCCAUGCAAGCAAGCAGCUAUAAGAAAGACAGAAGGAAGACAUCGGUGCCCUUUAACAUCCGAGAGAAGCUUCGACCCGCGAGCCUAAUCUGCCAGUUCAAAAUCAGGCGUAAACAGAAAUCUUAAAACAUUUACUGACUGUGUCUCGAAGCAGCAACAUUGCGGAGGAGAAACGAAGGAAAAAAGCUGAUAUUUUAGAGACUUUUGAUUGUUUUGGAAGAAGAUUUGCAAAGGCCUACUCGCACCUUCCAUUGACUGAAGGUUGAAGAAGUACACAUCCCAGCAUGCCUCACUCCUUUCAGCAGAAAAAAGGUCAACAGAUGCUGCUUGUUCCGGGAGUGAGAAAAGGGGAAUCCGUUCUCUGGAAUCACCACAAGCAGAGUUUCCAAGGACUAGACAAAAUGGCCUGUGUAGCCGACAGCUGCAUUCAGUUCACACGCCAUGCCAGCGACGUGCUGCUCAACCUGAACCGAAUGCGCAGCAGAGACAUCCUCACGGAUGUUACCAUCCUGGUCAGCAGGCAGCAGUUUCGCGCUCACAAGAAUGUGCUCAUGGCUUGCAGCGGGCUGUUCUACUCCAUCUUCACUGACUCACACAAGUGCAGCCUCAGUGCCAUCAGCCUGGACCCUAAGGUGGACCCUGAGGGCUUUGCCAUCCUGCUGGAGUUCAUGUACACGUCUCGCCUCAGUCUCAAGGAGAGUCUGAUCAUGGCCAUCCUGAACACUGCCGUAUAUCUGCAGAUGGACCACGUUGUAGACACCUGCCACAGAUUCAUUAAGACCAGCGACCCAGCCAAGCUGCCCAGGGACGAGUUUUUGGUGAGCCCUCUGGUGCUGCCUCAGGACGUCCAUGCGUUCCGACCUCAUGAAGUGGUGGACAGUUUGCACAGCCGCGUGGCUCCGUUCAGGGACAGUAGACCCUAUAGCUCUCACAUGUUCAAUGGGGUCACAACUCCCUCUAACUAUCAUCUCUACGGCCAGUUCCCUAUGCCUGGGUUUCCCUUCCCACUCUGUAAGCUCACUGAUGCCAAAAAUGCUUUUGCGGACCUUUCAAGGAGCGGACUGCAUCACAAGCAUUGUGUUCCCCACGACAGCACUUUUAGGGCUGACUACAGCCGAGCGCUGGGCUCCGGGAUAAUCCACCCCAGCACCUAUGCACCGCGAGAGGAGGAGCUACGCAAAGAUAGCCAUGACAUGAGCCAGUCCAUUGGUCUAAGCUCCAGGAAACGUGCUUUUCCGCUGCUCGGCCUGGAGCACCCGAAAGAGUCGUCCAAAGAUCACGCUGCAGCAGAGGAGGAGCUGCUCCAUCAGCACUACCCCAUGGGCAUCUCUUCAGGGCGGAAGAGCCUCCUGAGCAGCCCCCAGAGCCCACUCAAAUCGGACUGUCAGCCCAACUCUCCCACAGAGUCCAGCAGCAGCAAAAAUGCCAGUUUGUCCCAGAGCACUGCGCAGUCCCCACAAAACGCACAGGACCCCAAAGCACGCAACUGGAAGAAGUACAAGUUCAUUGUGUUGAAUCAAAGUGCCAAGGAAGAGGAGGUGGGGCUUCAGGAUGCAGGGCUGAGCUCACCUCAGCGCCAUGCUCUGCAGCCGUACCUUCACCAAAAUGACUCAGAGAGUUUGGAGCCUCAGAACAAGAGCAGUGAACACAGUGAAGAGCUACCAGCUCCACAAGCCAGCCGCCUCAACAACAUCAUCAGCAGUGCUCUGGAGGGGUCUCUGAGGAGCGGGGACACGCAGCACUUCCUGUCCCGCCUCAACUGUUCAUCGUGUGGGUCACAGUCGCCGCGGCACUCGGAGGUCUGUCCUAAUCCCACUGCUCGCCUCACGGAGGAGAUGGCUGAGCUGCACUCAGAGUACUCCGACUCCAGCUGUGAAAAUGGCACAUUCUUCUGUAAUGAAUGUGACUCAAAGUUUGCCGAAGAUGAGGCUCUGAAACAGCAUAUGCUGCAGGUGCACAGCGACAAACCAUACAAGUGUGACCGCUGCCAGGCUGCCUUCCGCUACAAGGGCAACCUCGCCAGUCACAAGACCGUGCACACAGGUGAGAAACCAUACAGGUGUAAUAUCUGUGGUGCUCAGUUCAACAGACCAGCCAACCUCAAGACGCACACUCGCAUUCACUCAGGCGAGAAACCCUACAAAUGCGAGACAUGUGGAGCGCGCUUUGUACAGGUGGCUCAUCUUCGGGCCCAUGUCCUGAUCCACACUGGAGAGAAGCCGUACCCUUGUGAAAUCUGCGGGACUCGUUUCCGACACCUCCAGACACUCAAGAGCCAUCUGCGCAUCCACACCGGAGAGAAGCCCUACCAUUGUGAGAAAUGUAACCUGCAUUUCCGCCACAAGAGUCAGCUGCGUCUGCAUUUGCGACAGAAACACGGAGCCAUCACCAACACAAAGAUCCAGUACAGGAUGUCCACAGACAUACCCACGGAUCUGACUAAAUCGUGUUGAGAAACGAGAAGGAUAAAAAACUUUGCAACAGGCAAUCUUGACCUUGGCAUUUAAAUACCCAAACUUUGUACAAUCAUCCAAAAUUGUAGUGCCACACUGUGUUUAUUAGACAAUUAAAUUGGCCAUGUUUGCCACUCUAAACGGGUUACCACUACAUGUGAACGUAGAGCCACUGAAGGCAUUUUUGUCACUUUAUUGUUUGUAAAGAUUUAAAUAUAUAUGUAUGUAUGUUGGAGUGUUUCUAAGCUUUGAAGGUACAUAUAUAAAGCUUUAUUUUGUUGAAGGCUGGAAUGUAAAGAAGCCGUCUUUUUGAAAAUACAGUAUUUUAUAUCAGAGAACUUACUUUUCUGAAAGUAUUAAAUUCAAGUGACGGGUGGUACAUAUAUUUUAAGAUAUCUGAAUUUCCGGCUGUACAGAAUCGUCUCUACUUUUUAUGUAGAUGUACAUAUUGCACCAUGUCAAGUUGCCAUUCUCAUGUGGGAGGAAAAACAAUCAAAUGAGCUCAACAUAUCAGAUGACUGCUGCUGUCUAGAUAUGCAUGAGGUACUUCUGUUGCUAGUUAAACAUGAAUUAGGCAACAGCAUAAAUAUUGUGACAUAUUGUGUAACUAUAUCCCGGGUUGCUCUCUGCUGGCAGAGCCAAUCUGUGACUUUGGUGUUUAAUGCAUUUCAAGGUACUGCCUUGGUAAGACCAAGAAAAUAUUUUGCUUCAAAUGUAUUUGUACAGAUGUGACCUUUGUUUAAAUGUUUGUUUGUUUAUCAUAAGUGGAAGUUUACAGUUUUGGUUAUUGUUCUAGCGCCUACAGUAAAGUUGUGUAAGUGUCAAGGUUUUGGUUUGUACAUACACUGUGUAUUCAAUGUGCCUUUCUCUAUGGUGACCGAACUCCUCUCCAUUCAACUGUUUAGACUCAAGGAUGCUACGUGUCCUACAUCCCUUUGUGUGUGUGUCAUUAAGUGUACAUAGAUUUUUAACGCUAGUUACCAACCUUCUAACAAGCAAAUGCAUCAUUGUAAAUGACCAGGACUUGUUUUGGAUUGGGCUUUUUUAAACUGCAUUAAAGUAACUGUACGUUUAAUGUAUGAAUGUAAAAUAAAGUUAUUGGAUUUAUAUGUA